GCGUCUGCUCUGCCAGCGCUAAGUGACUGCUGGAAAAAUAAAGGCAGUGUUUCGCGACUGGGAAAUAUCAUCAGUCAUCUUUAAGGAAGAAACACACUUCAAACAAUCAAUAGUGUUAUUCUUUAAGGGCUGAAAACAGAGAGUUUUACUGCUGUUGUUGUGCGUGAACAAGACUCCACAUAUCGCAACAAUAAUCGGCUGCUGAGACUCCACAGGUUCCUCGUCUUCGCUUGUUUUCAUUUUUCUUCUUGUGAUGUCUGGAUGGAUCGGGACUGAGUGACAACAGUUGUGGAUGAAGGACUGCUGUCUCGCAUUGCGGACUUAUUUCACCGAGCGGAGGGAAUAAUGAAGUUGGUUCUUUCUAGAUAGCCCAAGUGAUGAAUGGCGAGUCAGGUGGUAACUGGAAGUCUUAAAUUCACAGAUGAGCUCGUAAAGCCCGCUGGCUUGUGCAACUCCACUGUAGUUUAAAAUCCUGCCUUCUCUUCAGAGAGUUUGGCGUGGGAGAGGGAAGUUGACCUGCGCGCUGGUCUGCCGAGGAGAGGCGCUGUCCCUGGUCCUGAAGUCACCUCCACAACUCCUGUUACCUAAACUCCUGGCCUCGUGUGAAGACAACAUAAGAGUUGCUCCAGUAAAGCAACAGUUAGAGGGAUACUGUCCACCAGCAGCUCCAGAAAGAGCUGAAUAUGGUAACACAAACCAGAACUCAUCUGCAAGCUUUGAUACUUUUGUUUUUUGUCGUCCACCUGAGCCAGCCAGUAUGUGUCGAUGUCCCAUCGGCAACAGAAGCAGUCUUGGGGAAAUCCAUUAAGUUAACCUGCAUUGCCUGCUUGAAGAGGGAGGAGGUGAAAGCAAGGACACGGGUGAACUGGUACUACAUGCCAGGAAAAGAGAAAAACAUCCCACCUAACAAAACUCAUAUAUACAAGUACGAGGAUGACAGUCCAGUUGAGUUGGAUGGACCCUUUAAGGGCCGUCUGACCUGGAAUGGGAGCCACGACUUACAAGACGUCUCCAUUCAAGUCGUCAACGUCACCUAUAACGACAGCGGUGUCUAUGAGUGUCACGUAAAUCGCGAGUUUGAGUUUGACUUCUUCACUCCCUCAGUCUCCAUCAUCAAAGACAUCGAGCUGCGGGUGAAGGAGAAAGCCAGCGAAGACACCACAGCGCUCUACUCUGAGAUCAUGAUGUAUGUGCUGCUGGUGUUCUUGACCUUCUGGCUACUGGUGGAGAUGGUCUACUGCUACAGGAAGAUUUCCAAGUCUGAUGAGCAGACGCAGGACACAGCGACAAACUACCUAGCCAUUCCCUAUGAGCAGAAAGCCACUGCAGCCGCUCCUGUUUCCCAAUAAAAGUGGUUUUCAGUGACACGGUAUUAACCAAUCAUGAUGGGACUUCAGGGUCGUGUGACAGAAAUGGCAUAGAUUCCACAGCCUUUAUCUAUGCCAUAAUGAAGGUAACAUUACCCGCAGACAGCCAUGAGAAUCCUGCCAUCCAACCUCCCCUGUGUAUGGACUGUGUCUUGUGAAGAGCCAGUCAAAAGUGUCCCAGUGCUCAGUUUUCCUCUCCCUUUUCCUUUCAUUUUUUAACCUUUGUGCCAGGCACCUAAAAACAAGUGCUUUGACAAAUACUGCAGGUUAAACAACAAAAAUGUUCUUCUUGUUAUCGGAUAAAAGCCAGCCAUGCUUCAUUUGGACCUGCCAGUGUGUGUUGAGUUCUUUGUAGUUAUUGUUCCUGCUGUGAUUUAUAACCUAUAAACAGAAAAGGUCCAAGGACUACUGCUGUAAAUGCUGUUAUGUGUAACACACACUGAUUCUGUAGUACUUGUUUAAUUUCUUGUGUUUUAAUACAAUUUUAUAUGCCAUGCUGAGAUUUUGAGUCCACGUUUUAUUUGUAUUUGCUAGUAUCUUUUUGAUGUCUUUUUAAGAAAACAUGGAUUGCAUAGGUUUUAUACUGUAUGGAUGUGUGUUUCUCUCUGUUAUGUUGUGAGCAUCAGUGAAGCCACAAUGCAAUGGAAAUAUAAUACAAAAACAGGUGAUAUUGUAUCAAGUCACUUCAUUUCAGUUGAUCUGAAUUCACCUAUAGGUCUGUCUUAUAUUCUCUGCUGUAUGAAUCUUUAAUCCAUGUUCAGCACUGAUGUCAAAGUACCUUCAGUAGGUGAAGUCUUACUGCAUACAGUUACGCUAAACUUUAUUCUUUUGCUGCGACUGUUGCUGUUGUUCUACAGUAGCAUUGCUAUUGAGACUAAACGUGUGCCUAUUUCUAUAGUACAACACUAAAAUUGUAUGUAUUUGGUGACUCAAACAUACCAUGCUGUUCUUUGUCUAUUACAGAUAUAUUUCCUGUGUGAUUGAGCUGCAUUUGAUCAAUUAAAGGCAAUGGAUUCCACAGUCUGUGUUGAAGUGCCUCUGUUAACUGAAACGUUUCUCACUGAAACUGCACAAUAAGAUUAAUUCAAAGCUACAAAGGGAAAGGGAAAAUGCAGGAUUGACUUUCAGCAG